AUGGACGACCUCGGUGGGCAGGCGGCAGCACCGCCUGCCACUUUGCCUGGGGCGCUGCACGAGGUCGUGGAUGGCAUAGCCGAAAGCAGCCCCGACGUGGUGGCCGUCGAGGAUGGCACCUCGUCGAUGACGUACUCCGAGCUCUCCCAGCACUCCCGGCUCGUCGCCCGCGCGCUCCUGCUGCUGGGCCUCACUCCCUCCUCCGCGAGGCCGCUGGGCACCAUGAUGCGCCGCGGCCCCCGCUGGAUGGGCAUCUACGCCGGCGCCAUGCGCUGCGGUGUGCCCAUCGUCGCCCUGAGCGGCGACCUGCGCGACGGCGCCGCGGAGUCCCAGCGCUCCGGCGACGCCCUGCGCACCCUGGCCCUCCAGCUGCUCGUCCACGAGGGCGCCGGGGCGCUGUCGGGGGUCGCCGACCUGCUGCGGCAGGCGGCCAGGGCGGGGGUGCCCGCGGUCGGCGCGGAGGGGCUCGCGGCGGGGGCGGCGGGGGCCGCCGGCGGGCCCGGAGGCGCCGCGCAGCUCCGGGGCCUGCCGCGCGUGGGCGGCGAGGCGCUGCUCGCGUACUCUUCACUGGCGGCACCACGCGGGCCUCCAAGGCGGUGA